GCGACCCAUGAAUUGCGUCGAGGGAGAGAGAAAAAAACUAUUCGAAAUGUGCUUUUCAUUUUCAUUACACUGGCGCUUGUUUAAAGAAUCCUUUGAACCUCUUAAAUCGUACCUAAGCGAACCACUCCUACGCAUCUAAGUGCUCCAAUUUGAUAUAUGACAAUAUCUACUUUCGAUCACGUGUCUCGGGGCGACUUAGACGGAUAGCGCGUCAUCUCGCCUUCCCAAAUUCUCCCCUUCUACAGUUCGAAUCCAAAACAUCUAUCUAUAGCGCCGAGAAGGAGAGAAAGAUGUUUAACUCGGUGAAUCUGGGCAACUUCUGCUCACAGACGCGCAAAGACAGGACUUCCGAUUUUGGGGACAGAACCGGCUGCGCUUCAAACAUCUACCUCCCAAGCUGCACCUAUUACGUCCCCGAAUUUUCUGCGGUCUCUUCGUUUCUGCCACAGGCCCCGUCUCGGCAAAUCACCUACCCUUAUUCCACAAACCUGUCUCAAGUGCAGCCGGUACGGGAAGUUUCCUACGGCUUGGACCCCUCCAGUAAAUGGCACCACAGGAGCAAUUAUGCAUCCUGCUACACAGGAGAAGAGCUCGUGCACAGGGACUGCCUUCCGCCAUCCACCAUGACAGAAAUGCUCAUGAAAAACGAAAGUGUCUACAGCCACCACCACCACCACCAUCAUCCCAGCUCAAACCAUCCUUCCACAGGUUUUUACUCCGGCGUGGGCAAGAACAACGUGCUUCCUCAAGGCUUUGACCGCUUUUUCGAAAGCGCAUACUGCAGCGCGGAGAGCCAGCCGGAGAGCUGUUUACAAAAGGGCGAGGCCAGCAAGUUGGAGACGGAGUCCCAGCAGCCCACCGCCCUACCCGGCGCCGCGGACCCGGAAAAGGAGCCGGAGGAUGAGGAGGAGCGCGCUACCUCGGGCUCUUGCGCCUCUUCGGGAACGAAGGACGGGGGCGCGAGCAAGAACAGCCACGCCAGUACUCCUCGGACGAGGAAGAAGCGAUGUCCAUACUCCAAGUUUCAAAUUCGAGAACUGGAGCGGGAGUUCUUCUUUAACGUUUACAUCAACAAGGAAAAACGACUCCAGUUAUCCAGAAUGCUAAAUCUUACCGACCGACAGGUCAAAAUAUGGUUCCAGAACCGCAGAAUGAAAGAGAAGAAACUGAGCAGGGAUCGCUUGCAAUAUUUCUCUGGAAAUCCCUUACUGUGAACUGAACAUUAAAUACCACGGAAUGCUGAAAAUAAUCAUUAUUAUACUUCAGUGAGAAGCUGCUUUGAUAUAAACACACCUUUCCCAGAGUAUUGCUAAUGGAACGACUUUCACUAACAUCAUAAUCAAGUUACUUGUACAAAGAGACCAUGUCAAUACAGACUUGAUCAAAGAGUGUGUUGUGCUGUUUGGUGAAAGUUCGGACAACUGAAAAUCCGUUUCCCUGUGUGUCCACUAUGAACCUAAAAACAACAGACGAAAAGGACUGCU